AUGGAGAAACUUAUAAAAGAAGAUGGCUCGUUUACUCUGUCUACAGAUAAAGUAUAUUGUUUUUGCUGCUGUUUAUUCAACAGAAGUUUCCACUCUAAUUUAGGAAAAGAAGGAGUUGAUGACUGGAGAUACUUAUUAGUGCGUCCCAAAACUCACGAAACUUCCUCAGAUCAUCAGCACGCCAUGCACAGUUGGAUGGAAGCGUCGAAUCGAUUAAAGCACUUCAGUUGCAUUGACAAGCAUUUGCAAAAACAGAUUGAAGACGAGAAAUCGCGGUGGGUUUCUAUCCUCGAACGAAUGAUGUCCAUAGUAUUCUUUUUAGCAGGCAAUAAUUUGUCGUUCAGAGGAAGCUCUGGAUGCGAAGCACUAUAUACUCCUAAUAAUGGUAACUUUCUGGGUUUAGUGCAACUGCUAGGAAAAUUUGAUUCUGUGAUGAUGGAGCACCUCCGCCGUAUUGUUAAUAAAGAGACUUAUGUCCACUAUUUUGGCAAACAUAUUCAAAACGAGUUGAUCGGCUUACUUGGAAGUGAAGUUCAAAAUAAAAAUUUGAAUAGGGUAAAGUCAUCAUACUUUUCCAUCAUAUUGGAUUGCACUCCUGAUGUCAGUCGCGUUGAACAGUUAUCUUUAACUUUGCGUUUUGUUGACACUAAUGAAAGUAAAGUCCAAGUGCGUGAGUGUUUCGUUGCUUACAAGCCCGUAAGUGACUCUUCGGGAGCUGGACUCACUGGCCUCUUUCUUGAUAUAUUGUGCAAGAGUUUGAGUUCGAUAUGA